AUGACGGGGCUGUUCCUGGAGGAGCAGCGAGGCAGCUAUCUGGACGACAUGGAGGAUCGGUACCGUGAGAUGCUGGCCAGCAGCCGCGCCUUUGUGAUCAACCAGUUCGGCCUGUCGGCCUUUGUGUGGGAGGACGGCGCCUACCGCGCCCGCACCUACAACUUCCACCUCUUCCCAAGGCCCUCUGAGGGCAUCGACAAGCGAUUUGUGUGCCAGGCCAGCUCCAUCGACUUCCUCGCCUCCUGCGGCUUCGACUUCAACAAGUCCAUCUACGACGGCAUCGGCUACAUGCCAGUGGCGCUGCGUGAUGCCCGCCUGGCCUCUGUGGACCGCCCGCCUCGGGAGCGGUCCGAGGUGCUGGUGCGCAAGGCUGAGGACGUGGCGUUUGUGAAGGACACGGUGGCGUCGGUCGCGGAGUGGCUGCAGGGCGAGGACCUGGAGCUGGUACUGCCAGCUGUCAACUCGUACCAGCGCCUGCUGCAGUACCAGGAGCUGAGGCGGCCGCAGUUUGGGGUGGCCGACCCGCCCGGCUUCUAUAGGGUGGCGGCGGAGGAAGGCAACGGCUUCCAGCUGCGCCUGACGCGCGCCGCGCCGGGCGAGGCGGAGGCGUGGGAGGCGGAGCAGCGGCAGAAGCGCGUCGAGGCCAUCCACACCGCGGCGGGCUUUGCGGCGGUGAUGGAGGCGAUGCGCGACAGCGGCAAGCCCGCCGUGGGCCACAACCUCGCCUUUGACCUCUCCUACUCCCUCCACUCAUACGCGCAGGAGCUGCCGGGAAGCUGGGCGGAGUACAAGCAGCUGGUGGGGCGCUGGUUCCCGGGGGGCGUCUACGACACCAAGUUUCUUUCCACUGCCGCCACCGGCUUUCCGCUCUUUUGCCAUCUCGAAGAGCAGGUGGAGGCGUUCCUGCAGGAGGCCGCGCUGCGGUCGGUGGCGGCCAGCGGCGGCAGCAGCGACGGCGAGGCGGCGGAGCUGCCCUUGGUGGAGCAUGCGGCCGGUUUCGAGCGGUACAAGGGAGCGGCGACCGAGGCGUUCGCGCACGAGGCUGGGUAUGAUGCCUACAUGACGGGAGCGGCCUUUGCUUGCCUGAUGCGGCUCUACGAAGCCGACGCGGCGGGCGCCGGGGUCGGCGGCUUCCUGGCGCCGCCCGCGGAGCAGCAGCCGGCGGUGGAGGCUGUGCGGCACCUGUGCUGGCGCAUGAACAUCAGCAGGUCGGACAUGCCGUAUGCGGCGCUGCAGGGCGAGGAUCCCAUCCCUGACCGCUCACACAUCUUCUAUGUGCAUGGCUGGGGCGAGGGCCAGCGCGUGUAUGGCGGCGAGCUGGUCAGGCGGCUGGCGGACUCUGGGCUGGGGCAGGUGCGGGCGACGUUGGUGGAGGGAGGCCUGGGGGCGCUGGUGGAGGUGGGGGACCCCGAGGCGGUGCCGGGUGCCGCGGAUGUGCUGCGCCAGCGCUACCCAGGCUGGACCGUGGCGCCGUAUUCAGAGUAUGCCGACAAGCGGCAGCAGCAGCGUGCCGAGGCGGCGCCGGGUCGCCGCGCCAAUGGCGGCAACAAGCGGCCGCGGGUCGAUGCGGAGGCGGCGGCGGCGGCCAGCAAAAAGGCGGUGGCGUCGGCGGCGCGGGGCGGCGGCGACGACGGUGCAGAGGAGGGGAAGUGGGGGCGGUGCACCAUCAUGUGA